AUGCCUACAGCAGCAGCAGCUGGAGACCUGGACGAGUGCGCUCUAGGCACGGAUGAGUGCCACCCCGACGCCAUCUGCCGGAACACGCUGGGCUCGUUCACGUGCACGUGCACGCCGGGCCACCACGGGGACGGCAGGCACUGCCAAGAGUCGGACACGUGCUCGUUGUCCGCUGGCGGGGGUUGUGUCCACGCGUGCUCUCGGACGCGCGCCUCCUUCCGCUGCUCCUGCCUGGACGGAUUCCGCCUCGCGGGCACCGGCUUCGACUGCCUGGAUGUGGAUGAGUGUCUCAGUGACGGCGGCGGCUGCGACCAGCUGUGCCUCAACACCAUGGGCAGCUAUGAGUGCUCCUGCCGUGACGGCUUCCACCUGAGCGCCAACCUGCACACCUGCACGCCCGCCCAGCCCGGUGCGUGCCCUCACUCACCUGCGUUGUCUCACCUGCGUGUCUCACCUGCGUUGUCUCACCUGCGUUGUCUCACCUGCAUGGAGCCCAACGUGCCGUGCGUGUGCCGGCCUGGGCACACGCUGGCGCCUGAUCUCGAAAGCUGCAUCAAGACGUGUGCCCACGGCAACGGAGGCUGCCAGCACAGGUGCUCCGACUCGGAGCGCGGGCCCGUGUGCUCGUGCCAGGCACGGUACACCCUGCACGCCGACGGCCACAGCUGCGUGGAUGUGGACGAGUGCGCUGUGGCUAACGGGGGCUGUUUGGGCCUCUGCGUGAACGUCCCCGGCAGCUUCGCGUGCCGCUGUGCGCCGGGGUUCACCCUCCAGCCCGACCAGCGCUCGUGCCACGACGUGGACGAGUGCUCGCAGCUCUCGCGGUGCGAGCACUCCUGCUCCAACCUCCCGGGCGGGUUCCUCUGCUCCUGCCGCCCGGGAUUCGCGCUCUACGGACUCACACACUGCGGAGACGUGGAUGAGUGUGCUGUCGAGAAGGGCGGAUGUGCCCACUCGUGCGUCAACAGCCAGGGCAGCUAUGCGUGCGGCUGUCCUCCCGGGAUGAGCCUGCACUGGAACCUCAAGGACUGCGUGGACGUGUGUGCACGGCUCUCCGUAAGGCCGUCUGUGAUGUCCAACCCUCGCCCCCUCCUUCACUCUUCGCCUAACCAGCACCUCCACCCAGCGUGCUCCACUGCAGCCAGCUGCGUUGCGGUGUUGCAUAGCGCGGGACACCACGGGGAAGCUUGCGUGCUGUGCCCAGCCGUCGCGAAACACCCCGGCCAGACCCUCGACGUCUCCGACUGCGGCGUGCCGUGCCCCGCAGGCUCCGUGUCGCCGGACGGGUUCGAGCCCUGCUCCCCGUGCCCCCGGGGCUCCUACCAGGCGGAGGCGGGGCGCGUGGCGUGCGCGCCGUGCAGGGGCCGCGCACGGAGGACGCGAGGCGCACGCUUCGGGGAUUGCGACGCGCGCGUUCUCUGCCCACCCGGCCACUACUAUGAACAGUCAUCAUCAUCAACAUCACCAUCAUCAUCAUCACCAUCAUCAUCAUCAUCCAUGCACUGCCACCGCUGCCCUCGGGGCUCCUACCAGACGAGGUCGGGACAGCGGUGGUGCUCUCCAUGCCCCCAGGGCAGCACCACGGACAGCGACGGCGCCACCAGCCUCACGCAGUGCAAAGGUGCCCGCUGUGGCGGGGACCUGGGGGACCUGGUGGGCGAGCUGGAGAGCCCCAACCACCCCGGGAGCUACCCCGUGCCGGCCUCGUGCCAGUGGCUCGUCACGGCCCCUGCGCGUCACCGCCUCCUGCUGCUGCUGCCGGAGGCGGAGCUUCGCCCCUGUGACGUCGCCUGCACCGACCGCCUGUCGGUCAAGGCCAGCCUGUCACCGCAGGGCCGCGUGUGGCUGGAGCUGUGCUCGUCACGCGCGCGACCCCUGCUGCUCAACGUCCCGGCGCGGCGAGUCUGGGUCGACUUCUCCUCCUCCUCCGGCUCAACGGGCAUCGCCGCAGCAGAGGCAGAGGGCGCGACAGCGGCGGGCUUCCACAUGGACUACGUGGCCUACCACGAGGAAUACGAAGAUCUCAUCCAGGACAUCAUCAGCGAUGGUCAUCUCUACUCCUUCGAGUCUCAUCAACAGGUGCUCAAGAACAAGAAGCUGGUCAAGACCCUAUUCGAAGUCCUGGCGAAUCCUCACAGCUACUUCAAGUCCACGUCUCAGCACGCCAAGAAUCUAUUUCCAAAGUCCUUCCUGCGCUUUCUAAAAUCCAAGAUCUCGCGAUACCUCCACCCCUUAUAAGUAAGGCGCGGCAGCUGAGCGGCCGCCUGGAGCGCGACGUCCAUUUAUUUUUUUCCCACUGGCACAACCGAUCCUUGCCGGUGCCGGCCCCCGGCUGGCGAGUCGUUUGUUUUCCACUGGCACAACUAAGCCGUGCCGGUGCUGGCACCCCGGCUGGCGGGUCUGGUUUUUUUCUUUUCCUUCCACUGCAGAAGCCGAGCCGUCGACGUCCCACGGCCGGGUCGUCGGCACCCGCCCACCGGCGUCCGCUUGGGCCGCCGGAAUCAGAUUCGGACGUCGCGUUGGUUCGCGGCGGCGGCGGCGUCGGCGGCGGCGGCGGCCUCUGACGCCGCAGAACUGUCGCUGUGGAAAACAGCGCCCGGAAAACCAGCGAAGGGCCCAAUAACGCCGGCCCCGGCUCUCGGGUCUGGCAGAGGGGAAAACGGUGAAGGGGGGGGGGGGGUAAUAUUCCUUUUUUACGAAAAAUCCUUGGGCCAAAUUUGCGCGCUCGCUAAACGGCGGCGUCCGCGGAUAUUUGGUCAGGGCAACGCCGAGUUCUCGACGUUUUUUAUUCGACAAAAUAAAAAUAGAAAUGUGGCAGUCGCCGCAAACAAGAAAUUCGGUGGAAAAGCCAACUCAACUAAAACAUUUUAUUGUUACCAGGUGAAGGCCCACUGAGCCGUGUCGCUCUUGUUUCAGGAGUGACCUGGCCUAUCGCAAACGAUCGCUGAACGAAGUGGCUUAUCGCCAUCGUGUGGAAAUGUAUAGCAGCCGAAUACUCUGAAUGCACGUUGAUUCUGAAUGCGGAGGGAAAAACCGGAGGAUCCGGGGAAAAAUCCACACGA